UUCCUUUUUCCUGAAUGUGAGGAAACAAGUGCAGUGUUCUCAAUUUGAGCUAAGGCCAAUCUGGCAACUUGCACUGAAAUUAAUUGACAUCUACCGUUAUAACACAUACACAAUUGAAAAAUGGCAUCUAAUGAUGAACUUGCAUGCGUUUACGCUGCUUUGAUCUUGGCUGACGACCAAGUAACAGUAACUGAUGAAAAGAUCAACACUAUUCUGAAAGUGGCUGGCGUAUCUGUCGAGUCUUACUGGCCAUCUCUGUUUGCCAAGGCUCUGGAUGGCAUCAACGUGAAGGAUCUGAUCACAAACAUCGGCAGUGCUGCUGGCUCCGCCCCCGCAGCCGGUGCUGGACCUGCUGCGGCCGCCGCACCCGAGGCCAAGAAAGAAGAGAAAAAAGAGGUCAAGAAGGAAGAGUCUGAAUCGGAGGAUGAAGAUAUGGGAUUUGGUCUGUUUGAUUAAAAUGCUGAUGACAAAUCAUCUUGCAGAACACGGGAGCAGAAAUACCUGAUGGUACAUGAAACACAUGAACAUUAUGGCAAUUAAUAAAAAAAAAAAAAAAUGUUA